AUGUCCGCCAAAAUCGCAAAGACGAUUGCACGGCAGAAAGAGAGGAUCGCAGAAGGCAGCUACUACGAAGCACACCAACAGUUCCGAGUAAUCGCGUCACGGUACCUCAAGACCUCCGACUACGCCUCCGCCUGCGACGUCCUCUACAAUGGCGCCGUCCUACUCCUCAAGGCCGAUCAAGGCGGCUCGGGCGGUGACCUUGGCCUGAUGCUGCUAAAGGAAGUGUACACCAACGGAGAGUACCCAUGCAACACAGAAAACAAGAACAAAUUAUUAGACAUCCUUAAGGCCUUUCUGAAAGACGAGCCAAUACGCAAACGCUACAUACAAGAGAUGAUCGCCUGGUCGAGUAAAUUUGGCGACCUAGAGCGCGGUGACCCAGACCUGCACCACGCUGCUGGCCAAAUAUACGCCGGAGGUACGUCUCCCCGCUUUGCUUCCGCUUUCAUUCCACGAGAACUAACACCAUACUCAAAUAGAAGGCGAAGCUACCCAGCUGAACAGCACCUCCUCCUCGGCACCCCCCAAUCCUCUCCGCUCCUCGCGACCCUCCACUACAAUUGGUACAAAUCCGACUCUCCCCAUCAAGCUGCGCUAUACGCCUCGCGCUCCGUCCUUCCCUACCUAGUCCUCGGCAACCUAGCCUCCGCCACCACUGCCUUUGCCCAAUUCACCUCCCUCCUCACGUCCACCAAUACAUCCCUCCCAACACAGAGCAUCGACUCCGCCAAGUCCUCCGUACGGAUCUUCCCUAGUCUACCGCUCCUCAAUUUUCUCGCUUUGAUCCUCCUAGCGGCCCAAAAAGGCGAUGGCGCGUUGUAUAGGCAAUUAGGGAAGCACUACGCGAGCCACCUGAAGGAAGUGGAGGAGUUCUGGGGCGAGGCGUUGGCGAACAUCGGGGAGGUCUGGUUUGGGAUCAGGAUACCGAAACAGGGCGGCAAUCCGCUGAUGGAUAUGAUGAGCAGUAUGAUGUUUGGAGGCGGGGGAGCGAAAGCGGCAGCAGGAAGUGGAAGCACGCCACGUGCAGGCACGCCGAAGCCGGUCAAGGGUCCGGCGGCCCCAGCGGCAAUGGACCUGGAUUAG